AACAUUUUAAAAAAAAAAUUUGGCUUGUUUAGAACUUUUUUCCUAUUUCAUUUUACCUCGCAUAAAUUUGACUUUAAAUUUUAUGUUUUAUUCAUAUAUAAAACGUUUAAAUUUCAUAUUAAAGAGCAUUAAAUAAAAAUAGAAACUAUCAGAAAACCCUAAGAAGGCAAGAAUUCUGGAAUGAAACUUCUAGGAAACGAAGAAAACUCUGACUCAAGUAAUCGUCCGCAAAUUCGAACUUCGCAAGACGAUGCUGCUGUUGGUUAUGGUUUUCAUCCUUCACAAGAGAAUGAGUUUCCUGCGGCUUUUGUACCUAAGCGAUGGGCAGGAACCGAAGAGAUAAUCGAUAAUCAAGAAAAGUGGAAAUAUCCAAUAUAUCAACCGACUAUGCAACAGCAACAACAACAACAACCACCGUUUGGUAAUCAAAAUCAGCAAAAUGCUAUUAAGCCUCCACCUAUGCUUAAUCAUCACCCUUCACAAAUACCAAAUCAGCUUCAAUCUAAUCAUUUAAAUCCAUCGACUAUGCUCAGUCAGACAAUGAAUAUGAACAAUUCAGGCCAUCAUCAGCAUGGUGUUCAGCCUGGUCCGCCUCCGAUGUAUGAUCAUAAUAUGAUGAAUCCCAUGAAUGGAUUACAAAAAGGCCCUUCUGAAUAUAUUUACUUGAAUCAGCAACAUGCUCCUCCACCGCAUCAUCUCAAUCAGCUACAAAAUCAAUACUUACCAUCAAGAAGUAAUAUAACUUCGUCUGCUACGAAGAAAUUGUGGGAUAGCAAAUCGGACAUAAAGACAACAAAUCCACUGGCUCCUUUGCAAAUGCCUUUGCAAGGCAAUGAGCACCAAAUGUGGCCAAAAAGUGAGCCUCAAUCUGGAGCUAUUUGGACAAAGGAGCAGCAAAUGUGGUCAACACAAGAUAAUAGUGGAUUAAUUCCACGACGAAAUGAUAACACCAUGACUGGAAUAUUAAGUCCUCGCGAUUCGACAGGCGGAUUAGGUGUAAAAAUGGUUGAAUAUGUUUUGGGAGGCUCGCCAACCAACAAAGAAAGUCCAUUAGCGUUAGAUUCUAGAUUGAGAAAUUUAAAAAUUGACGAAGUUAAAGGUAACGACGAUAAAGAAAUUGCAUCUCCUUUUGAAACCAAUGGAUUGAAGAAAGAUGACCCCAACUCUAAUGGAACAACAAAUGGAAUUGAUGACGACAAAGGCUUCAAUCGAACUCCUGGAUCUCGUCAGCCUUCUCCAGCAGAAGAGCAUUUAGCAAGAAAUUCUUUUGGACUUGAACAAGGCAUUAAUGUUGGUGGAUUUUCACAACCAAUGAUGCAACACAUGUUAAAUAAUCAUGAUCAGCAACAAAUGGGAUCUUCAUCUUUUCAUCCACAACAUAUGAGUCAUCAUAUAUUGAAUGGCGGAAUGGUUCAGAAUCCAAUGGUAGGACAAAGUCACGAUUCUCCAGCAAACAUACUACAACAGCAACAACAACAUAAUUAUGAGCAAUUGCUACGAUCUCAAAAUCCCGCUUUGACUAAUACAACAAAUGGACAACCUUUGCCACCUCUGCCGAUGACUGCUUCUCAACAGCAGUUUUUGGCUCAACAAAAUGCUGCAUAUGCGGCACAAGCACAAGCUGCUCCUUAUAUGAUGCCAAGCCAGGAUGGAAAUCCUUUCAUGGCAACAAUGUUAGCUCCACCUUCAUAUUAUGGAGUUCCUCCAUGGGUUUAUCCAGCAAAUUUGAUUCCACAACAAGGGACACAGCCGAGAAGACCUUUAACGCCAUCACAAGGAGCUGAAAAUCAGCCUUUCGUUUUACAGCCAACAUUUUAUGAUCAGAAUGGCUGUGCAAUCAAUAUGAUGGGGCAUCGAACAGGAACACCAAUGAGACUCGUUAGCCCUGCGCCAGUUGCUGCUCCAGUUUUAGUGCCAGGUACAGCUCCGAGACCACCGCAAAUCUAUCAGCCAGCACAACAAGGUACGCCGCAAACUAUUUACUCGCAACAAAAUAAUAACAAUGUUGGAGGUCUUCAACUAAACACCGGUUUGACAACAAGAAGAGAUUCUUUCGAUCGAAAUACGUCAGCUUUUAGCCCAUCGUUAGAGUAUAGCUCUGGAAAUAUGACUGGUAGUUCAAUAAGAAAAUGGCCUACAGCAUUCAAUGGAACAUUAGGAGCAUCGAGCAGCUCACCAGUGGGCAUAAGUGCUCCAUUGACGCCACCACCUCCAGCGAAUAUAAUUAAUAGAGCUCCGGGUGCAGAGACAAAGUAUAGAAAUAUUGGACAGUUACCAGUUGGUAAUUUACCUACUUCAACUUCGGCAAAUGCAUCAAAUACAAUGUUUGGUUCGAGCAAUUCACUAUUUUCAAAGUUAAAUAGUGGUGGUGGUGGCAUUCGUUCCUCACAGAACCCAUCAAAUAUUCCGGUCGCAAUUCCCAAUACAGCAUCCAAUAAUGUAGCAAAUGCAGAAAACAAAGGACGUUCUCGAUUACUUGAAGAAUUUCGCAAUCAACGUUAUCCGAAUCUUCAACUUCGCGAUCUCUCUAAUCAUAUUGUUGAAUUCUCACAAGAUCAACACGGUUCUCGAUUCAUUCAACAAAAACUUGAAAGAGCUACUGCAGCAGAAAAGCAAUUGGUGUUCAAUGAAAUUAUCAGCUCAGCAUAUAGCUUGAUGACUGAUGUCUUUGGAAAUUAUGUAAUUCAAAAGUUCUUCGAAUAUGGAACUCAAGAGCAACGUUCUGCACUUGCAUCACAAGUAAAAGGCAAUGUCCUGAAUCUUGCACUUCAAAUGUAUGGGUGUAGAGUUAUUCAAAAAGCUCUGGAAAGCAUCCCUAGCGAACAACAACAAGAAAUCGUUAAGGAACUUGAAGGACAUGUCUUAAAGUGUGUAAAAGAUCAGAAUGGGAAUCAUGUUGUUCAAAAAUGCAUAGAAUGUGUCGAAUCAAAUGCAUUACAAUUUGUAAUUAAUGCAUUUAAUGGACAAAUAUUUACGUUAAGCACUCAUCCAUAUGGAUGCCGAGUUAUUCAAAGGAUUCUAGAACACUGUACAUCUGAACAAACCAAUCCCAUUUUGUCAGAACUACAUAUAAAUACUGAAAAAUUGAUACAAGAUCAAUAUGGAAAUUACGUAAUUCAACAUGUUCUUGAACAUGGAAAGCCUGAAGAUAAAUCUGCGAUUAUUAAGGCAGUUCUCGGAAAAGUAUUAACUUUGUCACAGCAUAAAUUCGCUUCGAACGUAGUUGAAAAGUGUGUAACACAUGCAACUAGAGCUGAACGCAAUAUGUUGAUUGACGAGGUUUGCAUGUUCAAUGAUACUGGACUUCAAGUAAUGAUGAAGGAUCAAUAUGCAAAUUAUGUUGUCCAAAAGAUGAUAGAUGUAUCAGAACCUACUCAGCGUAAAACAUUACUGCAUAAAAUACGACCACACAUGAAUUCAUUGCGCAAAUACACUUAUGGCAAGCACAUAAUUGCAAAACUAGAAAAAUUUUCUUUGAAAUCCGGGGUCGGGGGUUCUAUUUCGGCAACAUCGAGCACAGUACCAACAACAACAACAUCUAAUACAGAAUCGGUAGUCAACUCAUUCGGUCCGAAUGGAAUAUAAAUUAAUUUUACUUAAAUUUUAUAGCAUUUUGGGUAAGCAAGAAAAAAGUUGAGUUAAAAAAAUUUUAAACAUCUCUAACGACAUUAAAAGAAGUAGAAAGUGGUAUAAAAGAAAGAAAAA